AUGUGCAUUCAAUAUGGACACAUCGCCGGCUUUUGCAAGCGCGAGACUCGGUGCGGCUACUGCGCCGAGCCUCAUGACACACAGGAUUGCACGCACCCGCACGACCGCCAGAGGGGUAAGUGCGGGCCGUGUGUCAAAGCCGAGAAGACGAGCGUAAAUCAUUCUACCUUUGACAGAGAAUGCCCGGUCCGCAAGGAACAAAUCGCCCUCCUUGGAUUCAACCGUUUGAAGGGUCCUCAGCUGCACCAAUCGAGGCUUGCGGACAUCCCAUUCCAAAAGUCACUUUCCACCGGCCAUGAUCAUCCGCUGCCGUUGGAAUCAGCGGGGGCGAAGGCUCAUGCCCAAGCCCAAACCCAAGUGCCGCAGCCCCACCGCAAGGGUCCAGUGAACAGGCCUGCCAGCCGCUCCCGAUCCCCAUUUAAGAAGCGCCGCACCGUCACAGCUGACGAGAAUGAGGGCACCGAAGUGAUCGACGAGGAUCUGCGGGCCCACGUUGGCACCACUGACCAGCCUAUCGAGAAUUUCAGCGACGUGCAGGUCCAGACUGAUGCUCCUGACAAGCCAUCAAGCACCAAAGACCAGCCGCAAUUGGUAGCGACGCUAUGCCGCGGCCGAAGCCGCCGUGUUGAAGGAGAGCCAGAAGUCGAGCGCAGCACCGAACACGAUCCUUGGAACAAUCAAUGUCAAACGCGACAUUCCGAAUAUUACAAGCAAACAGUUGGAAAUCAAGGGACAAGGUCAUGA